ACAUAAUUACUUACCACCUAUUUUUCUCCUUUAAACUUUAUAAAAUGGUCUUCUUCCUUCACCACCAAACUAAGCAUUAUUUCAAUUAGUUCUCUCUGCUAGCUAGCCCUCCUCCUCCUCCUUCUUCUUCUUAGAGCAUUACCCAUGUCUAAACUUAUGGUUUUAAGGCUUGUACUCUCUGCUCUUUUAGGGUUCAGUAUCUUUAAUCCCUGCGCAGCAGAGCUUCAGCGAUUUCAACACGCAGCCAAAGGUAAUGGGUCUCUUAGCUUCUUGGUUGUGGGAGACUGGGGAAGAAGAGGAGCUUAUAACCAAUCUCACGUUGCUCUUCAGAUGGGAAUAAUUGGAGAGAAAUUGGACAUCGAUUUUGUAAUAUCAACAGGAGAUAAUUUUUAUGAAAAUGGAUUGAUGGGUGUGGAUGAUCCUGCUUUUGUUGAAUCUUUCACCAAAAUUUACACAGCACCCAGCUUGCAGAAGCAAUGGUAUAGUGUUUUGGGUAACCAUGACUAUAGGGGUGAUGUUGAGGCACAAUUGAGUCCAGUCCUUAGACAAAUUGAUAGCAAAUGGCUUUGCUUGAGAUCUUUUAUGGUUGACACUGAAAUAGCUGAUUUUUUCUUUGUGGACACAACUCCGUUUGUGGAUAAAUACUUCAAAGAAAAAGACCAUAAAUAUGACUGGAGUGGCAUAGUACCUCGAAAAAGUUACCUUUUGAAUCUCCUAAAGGAUUUGGAUAAGUCCUUAAAAGAAUCAACAGCAAGAUGGAAGAUUGUGGUAGGCCACCAUACUAUCAAAAGUGCUGGACACCAUGGAAACACCCAAGAGCUCAACUUGCAACUACUCCCAAUCCUUGUGGAAAAUAAUGUAGAUCUUUACAUAAAUGGGCAUGACCAUUGCUUGGAGCACAUAAGCUGCAGUGAAAGUGAGCUUCAAUUUUUAACGAGUGGAGGAGGGUCAAAGGCUUGGAGAGGAGAUGUAGAUUGGUGGAAUCCAAAGGAGAUGAAGUUUUAUUACGAUGGUCAAGGUUUCAUGUCCGUUGAGAUCACUGAAACUCAGGUGGAUGUUGUGUUCUAUGGUGUUUCUGGCCACAUCAUGCACAAAUGGAGCAGGAAUAAACAUCCUUACUCCAUUGUUUGAACUUGUUCUUCUGCUGCAACUAAGAAAAAGGAGGAAACUGAAAUUUUAUGUAUUUCUUAAUUCAAUUAGCAGAAAAAAUUAUCAUACAAAAUGUAAUAAAAUCAAUUAAUUUUAGUUUUUUAAAAUAUUUAAAUAAUUUAUAAAACUGUAAAAUUUUGAAUUCUAAUAAAAUGGUAAUCCAAUUUACAAAGUA